AUGAACAUCUACAACAAGGGAAGUCCAUUUCAGUACGACAUAUUGAAGUUGGUUUCAAGUGGAAAACGCUACGAUAACUUGGGAGACGAAGUAGAAGCUAAGAAUGAGGAAGGAGUUGAGAUUGAACGUGUGGUUGCUAAACUAGGCGAUCUUGUAUGCUACGCUGAUAUCGAACGUCCUCCAAGCCGAAAUAUCACUCGUACUCCAGCAUCAAUUACUUCCAAUCACUCAUCCGUGAAUUUUAAACGCUUUAGGAAGGUAAGCCCUACAGAAAUAUGGCUAACUACGUUUUUUAAAUAAAA